UCCAUCGCUUCCUUUCUCUCUUGAAAUUUCAGAAAUACACAGACCACUCAGAGAUUAGCUCAAACCAUUUGCUUCUCUUCCAUUGUUCAAGAGCUCUGCGAGGUUUCGCUAUCUGAUCGGACGUUUGAUGCUUAUUUUUACGAUCUCUUCAAUAGGCUGAUUAUGGUUCUCGACAAUGAGGAUCAGAGAGAGAGAGUCAAGGAGGUGUAUUUUGGGAAUAUGGGCCCUCAUAUUACUGAGUGGGAUCUUCGUAAUAAAUUACGUCAGUAUCGAUCUCUUCGGAGUAUCUGGCUUUCUAAAUACCCAUGGGGAUUUGCAUUUGUGAAGUUUGACGAUCUGAGGGAUGCACUUGGUGCAGCUCGAGAAUUGAAUGAUAGAAAUGGUUGGAUUGUAAGUCUUACUUUGGGCUUCAGUAAAUGUUUAAACUGCGGUAUAAAUGGUCACGAACCUGGAGAAUGUCCAGAAGUCCGAGGAAGACGAUGGCAUCGGAGCCCCAUUAAUGAUAGAAGAAGAUCAAACUACAGGGAUGACCGCAGUAACAGAUCCCCUGUGAGAAGAUAUCCAAUACAGCACGGAAGAAACACAACACAAAAACGCAGAGCAAGCAGCAGAGCCAGCAGGUCACCUUCAGAUCACCGCCGUGCUCGGCGUGAUGGUGACUGAUCAGUUGGGGCCAAUGGUUAGGUUUAGUUUUUUUCACCCAUUUUGUUGUCAUCUUGUGCAACUUGUCCGACGAUGGAUAUGUAUGACAUAGGGUCUUUAAAUCACGAUUUAUAGA